AUGGCGGGGCCUAACCUCGAGGUCUUCAAGUUUGGCUUAUACCUCUUCUUCCCGCUGGCCAUCAUGGUCCACUACGGCGACCCGGACUGGUAUCGCAAGCAUGUGUUACCUAUCCGUGAUGAGUUCUGGCCAAGGGAGAACACGCUCUUUAAACCACCACGCAACAGCACAGACCUCAAGUCGACACUUGAGGAGAUGAAGGAGCAGAGGUUGGCUAGAAGGGAUGCUCGGUUGGCGGGCGAGGCUGCAGGAAAGCUAGGGCAGCAGCAGGAGGUCACCAAAGCGCGGACGUCAUCAUCGUCGUCGUCGUCGUCAUCGUCACGCCCAUCGCCCGUGCCGCACACGGCUGCGCCUGGCACAUCAUUCUGGACGUCAAGAGGAACGCCGGCUGACUGGGAGAAGGCCGACAGGAGAAGAUUGGUCUAGACCGAGGAGGCACGACAGGAAAGAGUCAUGGAAGGAAUCAGCAGGCAAGAAGGACGAAUGUGUCCCGCUCGUCGUCUCGCGGUCGUCGUUUCGCCAAGGGAAGAUGACGGCGAGGAGGGAGAAGGCAGGAUGUCGACCAGUCUCACCGCUCUGCAAUCGCAGCCUUGUACAAUAGCAAUCGAAUGAUCAGACAGCGAUCAGAGCGGCUGUCACAGCCACAGACGUCUUGCUAGAUGCAUGCAUUUCGAGGCGUACUCUCUUGACCGCCUUUUCCCUCUCGUAAAUUCCCGUCAAUGUCGUCGUUUCGCUACUAUGCAUCUCAGCUCUUCAACCCUGCUUC